AUGCCCGACGAGUCCUGGUCAUCGCUGCGAAGCGUGAACGUUCUGGAAGGAGAGCAGACGUCACUUCCCUGCCCCAUCGACCUGGGGACGCGGGAACCCGUCUCCGCCAUGUGGUUUCUCGUGGCAGCUGGCGUCACACACGUGCGCGCAGGUGUUACUUCAUCACUGCUCGACAACAGCCACGAAUGGACGAAAGUUUACGCAUUGGUGGCACCGGAACCACCCUCAAAUGCUGUGCUCGGCGGAACCAGGGGCCUGGUUGAUGGCACCCACUGGAAGCAGCCCUCGUGGUCAGGCAGAGCGUUCCUCUCGCUCCUCAGUGAUCCGCCGGCGCUGCUUCUCAAUCGGCUGGAAAGAAGCGACAGCGGAAAUUACGUCUGCAACGUGACAUACCGAAGCGAGAACUUUACUACCGGUGGCGUGACCGUUACCGCGGCUCGCGUCCAACUCUUCGUCGCCGUGCCGCCAACGCAGGUGUCCGUCUGGAGCUGGCCCUACGACAAGCAGGAAGCUUCCGGUUGGCUGAUGCUCGCCGCACCCACGCGCUCCACUGGCAGGGUUGCAGCGGAGCUUUCGGCCCAGGAAGCGAAGGACAAGUCACAUGACUCACACGCAGCCGCUUGGUCCGCUGCGGAUGAAUCCCAACAGGCUAUGAGCACCGGUUUCUACACCCCAAGAAGCUUCGAGUGUGAGGUGACCGGAAGCCGCCCGCAGCCCAAUGUCACGUGGUUCCUGGAUGGACGGCCUCUGGACGAUCGCCUAAGCUACACCCACGUCGAGGGCAACGCCACAACGAGCGUACUGCUCCUGCCGUUCUUGGAGCAUGCGGGAAAGCUUCUAGAGUGCCGCGCUACCAACGUCAACAUGCCGGACAGUCGGGGCGUUCUCAGUGGAGUCUUAUGGGUUAACAUUUCGAAUAAGCCUGAGGUGAAUGUCAGACUAGGCGCUGGCCUCAACGCCAGCUACAUCACCGAAGGAGCCGACGUGUACAUGGAGUGCUCAGUGCUGGCGGCUUCGAGUGUCGCCGACGUCACCUGGAGUCACGAUGGGCGCGAGCUGGUGGCCCAACCGGAAGAAGGCGUGGUGCUGACGUCGCGCUACCUGGUGAUUCGUCGCGUCAGCCCCGGUCAUACGGGGAGCUACACGUGCCGAGUGACCAGCACUGAGGGCGAGUUUGUCGAGAGCACACCGCUCUUCCUCAGCGUCAGGUAUUCACCGAGAUGCGAGUCCGACGGUGACCAAACAUUGCACGUGGAAAAAGACAAGCCUGUCAAUGUCACCUGCGACGUCCGAGCCGAUCCAAGCGAACCACUGCGCUAUUUCUGGCUGCUGGAGGACGACACGGAGGCCGCACAAGUGGCGAACAAGAAAAGAGGGAAACCUCUCCAAAAGAGCCCACAGAUUACUUAUUCUGAACGCCUAGCAAUUGUCGCCAAUGCAUCGAUUUUCGACGUUGUCCUCGCCUGCUGGGCAGAGAAUGCUGUGGGGACACAGAGAAAGCGCUGUCGUUUCAAGUUCUCACCUAAGGGCCAAGAUCCCGGCCUAGUGUGCAGCGUCGGUAACUACACAGACACCUCGUUCUCGCUGACUUGCUCGGCGGUGGCUGUCAGCGAUACAACUUCACGGCGACUGCGGGUCGACGUAUUCGACACUGGGCAGGGCAACCGCUCCGAGCGCAGCUUCUGGAGCCGAGUUAUGGGCCCUAUAAUUGUUACUCGGCUGCGCCCUGCCACCGACUACCUGGUCACGGUUCGGAUGCAUUCGCAGGCAACAUUCCGCACCUACGUCCGCACACUCAGCCCAGCCCAGACACUGGUUGGCCAAGGAGACUUCCAGAAGUCGACUCAACGGAGGCGUUGGACGCUGACCCUGAGCAUCGUCGUGCUGACGAGUGGCUUCGCCUUCACUCUGGUGGCAUGGCUAACGGGUUACCUGGUGUGUGUCCUCAAGAGAAGGCGGAGGAAGCCACGGCGCCCACCAGACGACGACGCUCAAAGCGCCCCUUCCGAAAGUGCAAAUCUAGGAAGGGUUCAUAUUUGUGACCACAAGAAAUACUUAGCAGAAGCCGACAGUUGCUGAGGCUUGAUGGCGUGGCACAAGAAUGAAUACUGGGGUUUUGCGUGCCAAAACUACGAUUUGAUUGUGAGGCACGCCGUAGUGGUGCACUCCGGAUUAAUUUUCACCAUGAGGGGAUCUUUAGCGUGCCCCCAAUGCACGGGACACGUGCGUUUUUUGCAUUUCGCCCCCAUCGAAAUGCGGCCGCCGUGACCGCGAUUUGACCCCACGACCUCGUGCUUAGCAGCCCAACACCAUAGCCCCUAAGCCACCGCUA